AUGAAGUUCAUCCAAAUUAUUGCCGCCUUGUUGGUCAUCCAAGUUGCCUUGGCAUCUGCCAGAAACGCCUACUUUGUCUUCUCCGAUGGCACUGACGAGUUCACCAUCAAGCUCACCGACCCAGCCAAGAUUGCCCAUGCCCGUGGUCUGAUCAGCGGAGCCGUCACCGACGCCCCCCACAUCAACGGAAUCAUCGUCAAGCAGCCCGCCUGGUACAACCCAUUCUGGUCAUUCUACCUCGACUCCAACACCAUCUCCUUCUUCGACGCCGCCAUGGAGGUCUGUGACGCUGGCAUCAACUACACUGAGGAGCAUCUCGCUGAGGUCGGUGGUGCUCUCCUCCCAGGCAACAGAUGGUGCCCAUGGCACUCACGUGUCGUCCGUGAGGUCUAA